GGCGCGAGUUCUUUGAAGAAGAAGUUUACAAAUAAAAUAAAGUGCAUAAAUGUAAAAUUAUUGAAAUUAAAUAGUGAACAAAUGCUGAUAGCUCAAAAACUUCAAUACUUCAUAUCUUUCCUUUUUUAUUAUUAAUUGCUAACCAUACGUAAUUCUAAUAAAACCGACAAAAUGAGUGACUAUCCAGAUCCGGACGAAGAAUAUGAGCUUAUGUACGCUGAUGAACUGGAAUUGAUGCAAGAACAAGAUGCUCUAACAGACACUAAUGUAGUUCCAAAAUCAAAAAUUACCAAAAGAAGCCUAGAUUUUUCAAAUCACAUGUCAAGCCAACCAGCACCAUCUACUCUCAUAACAAAAACUACAAGUAGUACUGAAACACCUGUAACACCAAACGAAGAUGCUGAUACUGAAACCAUCAUCAAUAGUCAGUCUUCAGUCAUAUUGCAACCAAUGGAAGAAGCCUUUGCAUCCAACAAACGUACUGCAGAUGAAUUGUUCGGUGAUAUCGAAGAUAUAGACUUUGAUGAUAAAGAAAUGCCAAACAAAAGAUUUAAGAGUGAAGAGGAAAAUGAUUUAGAAUUAAUAAACAAGAUUAUAGAGGGAAGGAGGUUGCGACAGUUGCUGGUGGAACCAAGUAAUAGACUCCAGGGAACAAAUAAACUCAAGUAUGAUGUGAAAGGAAAUAUGUCUUACAAUAUACCAAGGUGGGCUUUUGUACCUCUAACAAAUUUUGAAGGUGACAGAAUAUACAUCAGAUUAGAAUCUGAAGAAUCAUGGGAAAAUAAUCUAAAUAUUAAUAUAGAACAGCCAUCUCUACAUGCAAUGUAUGCUAAUGCUUGGGAGGAAGCUAGGAAAAUUUUAGAAAAAAAACAAGAGCGUCUAAUAGAAAACGAAAAUACAGAAGAAGUGGUAACUAUUGAAGAAGAUAUGGAGACAAAAGAUGCACAGCUAUGGGUGGAUAAGUACAGGCCCCAGUCGUAUGUAGAUCUAUUAUCUGAAGAACCGGUAAACAGAGCUCUAUUACACUGGUUACAUUUAUGGGAUAAGAUCGUUUUCAAAAAAGAAGUCAAAACGAAAGACCCCCAACAGCGGAACAGCUUCGUCAAGCGCACGGGACAGUUCCAACUGUUCAACAAAUGGAAAGGAAAGACGGAUAACGAGCCCGAGUUAGACGAAGACGGAAGACCUCAUCACAAGGUGGCGCUGCUGUGCGGCCCUCCCGGAGUGGGGAAGACGACCCUGGCACAUUUAUUAGCUAAACUAGCCGGUUACCGACCGGUAGAAAUAAACGCAUCUGAUGAGCGAAGUACGGACGCGUUCCGGACAGCCCUGCAAAGCGCCACGCUUAUGAGAUCUGUGCUGGACGCCGAGAAAAGACCGAACUGUUUGAUAUUAGAUGAAAUAGAUGGUGCCCCCUUGCCGACGAUCGAGUUGUUAGUGAAGUGGUGUACGGCAGCCAUCGACAGCGGGAAGAAGAAGACCAAAUCGCAGCCUCUGAGACGUCCCGUUAUUGCUAUAUGUAAUGACUUGUACGCUACAUCAUUGAGGCCUUUGAGAGCGGUGGCGCUGUUGGUGCGCGUGGGCGGCGCGUCAGUGUGCCGGCUGUCGGCGCGGCUGGCGGCCGUGUGCGCGCGCGAGGGGCUGCUGGCGGCGCCGCACGUGCUCACCGCGCUCGCCACGCGCGCCCAGGGCGACGUCCGAGCCGCCAUACAAGUUCUCAGCUUCAUUAAAGCCAGAGCUAGAGCACAGUUAAAGGUAGAGGACGUUGAGAACGCAGCCAUUGGCACCAAGGAUUGCAACAAAACAUUAAUGCAAGCGUUACAAGCGGUAUUCACGAUCGACGACAAAGAACCGGAGGCCAUAUUGAAGAUUGUACAGGCAGCCGGGGAGUAUGACAGAAUAGCGGACGGAAUAUUCGAGAAUUACAUGGCCGCCCGCGUGGACGCGCGGAUGCUGAUAGCUUGCGAGACUCUAUCGUGGCUGCGCUUACUGGACGCCAUUAGCUCGUGGACGAUGAGGACCCAGAACUAUUCGUUGUACGGGGCCCUGUCGUUAUGUAUAGCCAGGUGUCACAGGGUACUCGCAUCGAGGGCCCCGCAAAGGGUCAAAUUUCCUACACAGGCACAAGAGGCCUACAGAAAGAAAUUAGAAUUGGAGAGUAUAGUGAAUUCGGUAUGGCGAGGCAGCGUGCCGUCAGUGGCACUUUCUAGAAACUCUUUGAAGGUUGACGUGUUACCGUUGCUGCCCUAUCUGUUGUCGCCGUCACUACGCACCGCUAACGUACAGCUGUGCAGCGAGAGCGAGAGGAGGUCGCUGGGCGCAUGCGCGGGCGCGCUGUGCGACUACGGGCUGCGGUACGUGCAGCAGCGGACCGCCGACGGACUCUACGCUUUCGUUUUGGAACCGGACAUUAACAGAUUAGCGUUUUACGGUAACGAAGACAGAGUCCGUCCGCCGCCGGCCGUCAGACAGGCCAUCGCGCGGGCACAACAGCUAGAAAUCAUACGAAGGAACGAGGAAAUGACUGGUCGAGCUCCAAGCACAGCGACAUCAGAUAGUAAAAAGCCAGUGGAGUCCAAGAAGCCAGCCACGACAAUGAGGGAGCAGGACGCCGCUAUACCCAACCACAUGCAGCGAUUGAAACCGAAAGAAGUUACGAAAAGCACACCCCAGGUACACAAAGACUUCUUCGGUCGUAUAGUUCCGCUGUCACAAGUCAAGCGACAAGAUGCUUUGCCGGAUGUUAUAUCUUCCAGCAGCGUAUUCUACCAGUACAGAGAAGGCUUCAACAACGCGGUCAGAAGAAAAGUUCGCCUCCGUGAUUUGCUGUAGGCUAUGGCUGUCGUAACCUAAUCUUUUGACAGCUGUCAAAUAUGUCAACCAUAAUGUAAAA